CUUACAGUGAACGACAAAAGCAGAGCAUAGUGCUGCGAAUGUAGAAAAGAAGGAGGGAAAACUACGACAAAAAUUGGAGAAGAUGUUUCAGCAGCUGGUUCUGAUCUCCCUGCUGGGUUUCACAUGGGCAACAGCUGGACUGCCUUGCACUCAGACAUUUCCUUCCCAGCAGCCUCCAUUAACAGCUGACAGAGUCAAACCAGCUGAUGUAGCAAUGCUUUCUUUUAUUGGACUUCAUGAACCAAGCAGCACUGAGCUAUCCACAGUCUUAUCAAAACUCACAGAGCUGAUGACUCUGUUCAAUCCUGGACUGAUGUCUCCCUUCUCAGAUGAAAAAGGUUUACACAUUCCUCACUUUCUUCAACAUGGCACACUGAUUGACCAAGCAAAGGAAGUGUCCCUUUACUUACAGAGCAAUCAGCAGGACACUGAUGAGAACGGAAACUGGAAGUUGGUGCUUCUCUUUGUUCAGCUGGAUCAACUCUGUGCCUGUGAGCAGCAGCAGCAGAUCACGUCUCUUUUCAAAAGAGUAGUUGAGGAAGUAGAUGAUGCUGUGCAACUGCUGCGCUCUCAGCUGAAAAGGACGAUUGUCAGUGUGGCAUUGUGGGAUGAAGGCCUCAACACUAUCCAAAGACAGAUGUGCCCAUGCAUACACACAAACAGCGAGGGAGAGCUCAGGCUUCAGAGAGCCAUACUGACUCACACACUGCAGGAGUCCUUGAGUGAACUGAUGAUACAGAAACAUUGGUACAGGGACAUAGAUGACUUCACUGUCACUCUUCAGGCAACCCCUCUUAUCAGAGGCCUGUCAUCUACUGGAAAGCCUUUUGGAGAGUUCGAAGCCUCGAAGCACACUGAUGAACUGUUGCUGCAGAUGUGGAGAAACUUGCUGCAGCCCAUGGUCGACAAACAUAAUUUAGAUCAUAAGGGAAACAGUCUUACAUUGCCAUGCCCCACUGAGGACCGACCAUUCCUGAGGACAGAAGUUAACGCUCCUUCAAAUCAACACAGCAAUGCAAACUAUCUCAUUCAGACUUAUACAGGCACAGAGUUGCCCUGCGAAGAUCUUAGUCCUUCAGUCACCAUUCCUACUUCAGUUCAUGAACUCCGGCCCGCGGAUAUCAAAGUUGUGGCGGCUGUGGGGGACUCUUUGACAGCAGGGAACGGUAUUGGAUCCAAGCCAAAUAACAUCCUGGACGUCUUACGUCAGUACAGAGGUUUAUCUUGGAGUAUUGGUGGAGAUAAAAACCUCACGACUGUAACCACUUUGCCCAACAUUUUAAAACAUUUUAACCACAACGUGACAGGCUACUCGCUUGGUUCCGGCAAUCAGGACAGUCCAAAAGCUUUCCUUAACCAGGCGGUGCCAGGUGCAAAGAGUAGGGAUAUACCAUCACAAAUGCGUACCCUAGUAACUAGGAUGAAAAAUGACGUUAAUAUUAACUUUGAGUCAGACUGGAAGCUGAUCACUGUUUUUAUUGGUGGAAAUGAUAUUUGUGCAUACUGCGAAAACAGUCUCCUAUUCUCUGUGGAAAAUUAUGUAGGGUUUCUGAAGGAAAGCUUGGACUAUAUUCAUAAAGAGAUCCCCCGAACUCUGGUGAACCUUGUAGAGCCUCUUUUUAUAACCACACUUAGAGAACUGCACUUUGACACUUCACUGAACUGUCCAACAUGGCUUGUAAAUAUAUUGUGCCCGUGUGUUGUCUUGCCAGAGCCCAACUCUGAAGCUCUUCAAAUUUUGGAGACCAUCAACAGAGGAUAUCAGCGUUCGCUGCAUGAGCUUAUUGAGUCCGGCCGGUAUGAUACACGCUCAGACUUCACUGUGGUUAUCCAGCCUUUCCUCAGAGACAUCACUUUGCCCAGACUGCCGGAUGGCCAUCCAGAUCGUUCUUUUUUCAGUCCUGACUGCUUCCAUCUCAGCCAAAAAGCCCACACAGUGAUGGCUCGUUCCCUUUGGAACAACAUGCUGGAACCUCUGGGCACCAAAACCUCCAACCAGGACUUUAAUUCUGUUUUUGAUCUAAAAUGUCCAACAAAUGACGCACCCUUUUUUCGGACCUAUAAUAACAGUAAUUACAAAUAUUCUGGACCCUCUCCAACACCUGAACCUGUUAAAAACUGGGGAAGUGAUUUUUCUUGCAACAACUUUGCUACAUCUGACAGUCAACCAACAUCAGUUCACAAGCUGAGACCAUCAGAUAUUCAGGUCGUGGCAGCGCUGGGAGACUCUUUAACGGCAGGAACCGGUGCAAAAUCAAAUAGCAUGGUUGAGCUUAGUAAAGAAUUCAAAGGUGUAUCAUGGAGCAUUGGAGGGGAUGAAACUUUGGAGACCAUCACAACCUUACCAAAUAUCUUGAAGAAAUUCAACCCUGAUUUAAAGGGUUUCUCCACAGAUGAGGGGCAAUUGCACAAAGGCUUCAACUUGGCUGUUGCUGGAGCAAAGACCUCAGAGCUUCCUGCACAAGUCCAAGCACUCAUUAAGGCCAUGAAAGAAAAUAAAGACGUGAAUUUUAAAAGUGACUGGAAACUUGUGACAAUUUUCAUUGGAACAACAGAUCUUUGUAAUUACUGCUUGGAUCAAACAAAUUUGUCACCGAAGAACUAUAGCAACAAUCUCAUGCUUAGUUUGGACAUAAUUUAUGAAGAGGUACCAAGGGUGCUGGUAAAUCUGGUGGAUAUCAUGCAGAUUGAUGUGUUUAAAAAUGUUAAAAAGGACUCGCUGGGUUGCUCACUACUGCAGAGGCCCAGCUGUCAGUGUGUUAUCAAUACAGCAAGUAACUGUCCUGAGAUUGAGGAAAUCAGACGAAUCAAUCGCAUUUACCAGACUGAGAUCGGGUAUCUAAUUUCUGGAAAUCGGUAUGAUGGAAAAGAGGACUUCGCUGUCGUAUUGCAACCGUUUUUCCACUAUUCCUUCCUCCCUCAAACUGGAGUGGGCGAGAUAGACACAAGUUUCUUCUCUGUUGAUUGUUUCCACAUGAGUGAACGGGCUCAUGCAGAGAUGGCCAUCGCACUGUGGAACAACAUGCUGGAGCCUGUUGGCAGAAAGCAGGACUACAACAACUUCACACAUGACCGCUCCAAGAUUCAGUGCCCCUCUGAGGCCUCCCCUUUCAUCUUCACUAAAUUGAACAGUAUACCAGCACACCCUGUGACUACUGCUGAUCCAGCAACAGACAGCACCACCAUCAGAUCCACUAUGUUGCCUGUGUGUUCCUCUUCCAUUCCCGUGUGGGUGCCAGUGGUUGUGGGAAUUGUGAGCUUACUGGCUGGCCUCAUUAUCUGCUGGCUCAUUAUGUUCGCCGUUCGACGCACAAAAACCAAGGCAAAGCAAGUCCAAAAUAAAGAAACUGGGUUUUGAAGUGGUGACAUUGUUUAUGGAUUUCAAAAAGGCAUAUUGGUUUCCCAUACUGACAUUCUUUAUGAUUCCCUAAUUUUAAAACAAGAAUACUGAGGUUUCUUUGUUUUGCUUGGUGACUUUCACCACCAGCUGUUUUUCUACAGUCUGUUCCAUCAAGUUGUUAAGGUGAAGUUUGGUAAUCAACUAAUUUUUGUUGCUGCAUAUUGAUCAAAUUAAGUUGCAUGAGUGUAGAUGUUUGGUAUAUUUCUCCAUCUUUAAAUUUAUUUAUUGAUAAAAUAAAAAUUUUAAACUUUGAUGAACCUAAAAA